UGGGCAAAGGUGCCUGUAGGAAAUACCGUGUUAGCGCAGUCCUCGACACUGUGCAGCUAGCAAACGACAUCCAUCAAAAUGUCAUCGCGCUCGUGCUAGAAAUCAACUUUCAGCCACCCAGAGGGCAAGAAGGCGUCCAGUUGUAGCGGGUUCCUGGAUAACGAGGCGCAACGACAUGGUGGUGGCAUGGCUUUUGACUUUUGGCCUUUCCUUUGUGAUUCUUUAUUCUGUUCCAAGGUGAUUCUAUUCUGUUUCGGUUGUUCUUUGCGCCAGGGGUUUGACUUUAUCCCCCAUGUCUUGUGCUGUUUUCGCUCUCCUCUUGUUUUGCUUUUAAUGCUUAUCCUUUGUCUCUUUUUUCUUUUUAAUUUUUUUAUCCUCCGGUGGCGUCUUCGUCUGUUGACCUAUUAUCUGCUGUUGUUAGUUCCCCAAUUGACUCCGUACAAGGUGCUACUCUCUUUCAUAGCUCCAUGUCUCCAUGAUAUCCACAACGUCUCCAUCACACCGGCUGCCUUUAUACCUGAUGGCGACAAACCUAAUCAACUGGUGACUCUUGCGCACGACUCUUCUAUCUACAGACCAGCGGUGACCGCAAUUGCUCUUCUGCUACUACUAUGCGAUGCGGCAUACGAGGAUUCGUACCCGUACUCCGCUAUCUACUAAGGCCAUAUGCUUAAUGAUUCCCCGGACCUGCCGCAUUUAGCCGAUUGCUGUUGUGCGGUUGUUGUUGUCUCUGGUUUUGCCUGGAAGAGGAAAAGCUGUUUGUGCGGUAUGAUGGAGAUGAGCAAAGUGGUGAUUCAGACAUGCAUACGAAGCGCAAAGUAUCCCUAGCUGUCGGCCAAUUCUCAACCCAGCAUUGAGAGAGCAGAGGCCGCCCGUCUCGCCCAAUUGACACCUCUGUUACAUGCCAAUCACUUCCUCGGUGCAAUCCGCACAAGAAA